CUAUGCCCGGGAGUAAGAGUAGCAACAGGCCCUUCAUGUCCCCUCCUAGCCGUAACAAGCAAGGUAUGGAUAUAGAGUAGCAACCAACCAAAUCCAAUCCCAAAGAACAAAAUGAAUAAAUGCUCGAAGAGAUUCUUAUUUGGUUAAUUGGCUAACCUUUCCUCCAUUUAUUUUUCCUGGCAACCAAACAGAAAGAGAGAGAAAGCAGUGAGUACAAGAAAAUGUUUUAAAUCUUUGAACAAGAAAGUUAGUUACCACUCAGUCUUCAUUUUGGUCAUUUACACGUGCUGAAUUUCAAAGCGAGGAGAAUUUCAGCUGUGGAAAUGGAGAGUGAUCAGACUGAACAUCAUAGGCAUCGUCGUCCUCGGCACCAUCUAGACUUGUUUACAAUACUGGGAGUUGUUUUUCAUGCAUGAGGAGAUUUGUAUAGAGAAGUUAAGUCCAUAAAGAGAGGAAAUGGCCACAGAAACAGACCAUCUUGAUCACCAUCAACAUCAUCAAACCUAUGGAGACAAAUGGUCAUGCCUUGAACUAUCAUCAGAGAAGGGAGAAUCCCAGCAGGAUGUAUCCAUCUCUCAAAUUCUGGAUUGCGGUUCGAUAUCUUUUGGAAGAUACACUGCAGACACACUUGCAUGGGAAAAAUAUUCUGUUUUCUCCCACAACAGAUGUCAGGAGGAGUUGGAGAAAUUCAAGGCACCAGGAUUAGUUGCUCAGAAGAAGGCAUACUUUGAGGAAUACUAUAAAAAAAUUAGAGCUAUGAAGGGAUUGCAAGCAGAGCAAGAAACUACUCAAACUGAUUCCUAUCAAAAUGGACAGGAGAUUACUACACAAGAAGAAAAUGGUGUUGAUACUGAAGCAUCAAAAAAGGAAAGUAAACCUAGCAAUACUAGUCAGGAAGAAAAUGGUGCUGAUGUUCACAGAUCAAAAGAGGAAAACAAGCCUUGCAAUGCCUAUAAAAUCCAGAUUUUAGAUAAUCAUACCACUGGUAAUAUUAACCCAUCUAGGAGAGGCAUUAAUGAUGGAGUAGAAGAAGAAAGUUACCUUAAUGGGAACAGUGGUGGAGCUAGCAAAGAAGAUGAAAUAGGGGUAUGCUUUUCUGCCAGAAUACCAAAAUAUUCUAUGGAAGGUGGUUCCUCGUCAUGUACUCCAUCAGUCAAAAGCAGUUCCAAAACUAGACAGAAAGGGAGCCCAGUCAGCAAUGAAAACAAGAACAAUGGAAGCAAACUGAAGAAGCAGGCAUCUAGUAUGAGGGUCAAGGGGACCGUUGCUUCUGCUGCAAACAGAACAAAAUCGGACUACAGAAUGAGCAAAGAUGUGGUUAAGCCAUCCGAGAAACCAAAGCCAUCUGUUUGUAAGGAAAUUACAAGCAAGGCAGAUGUUAGUCUUGUUUCAGGCAAAAGAAUUACCACCGCAAGCAACAAAAAAUCUGACCAGGUUCAAUCACAUAGACAACGUAGGGAAGUACAAUCCAGUGCAACAGUUCUUCAUGCUUCAUUAACAAAGGGCAAAAUAGUCUCACUGUCUUCUAAUAUUAGAGGUGGUCCACCUAAAACACAUUCAACUCCCAAAAGCUUGUCAGACAGGCUCCCAGGAACAUCAUCAGUUCUCACUCGAUCUGCUCAGAGAAGUUCGAAAGAGAUGACCACCAUUAGGCAUUUGAGAAAAUUCAGUGUAGAUAACAGGAGCUGUGAUGGAUUUGGUCAGAGGUCUUUAGGGUUGAGUGGCCACCAUAGUCUUCCAAAGAGUAGAGAGUCUGAGAGCAAGAGACCAAAAGUCGUGUUAAAAAAUCUUCCUGACCGGGAUAAAUCAAAUCAGAACACUGGACUUGAGCGUAGGCCCAUCAGUUCUGUCAAAGGACGGAGACAGAAAAAGGGAUUAGAUGAAAUCGAUGCCAGAAUUGUACCAAAAUCUGACUCAUCCAAGGGGACGGGCAGUUAGAGGACCUCAAAUCUAAAGCCCGUGCAUAAGAUUGUUACAUCUCAGUCUGUAUACCUGACACGUCAAAAGGAUUCAAGACAGAGGAUGCCGAUUUGGCUUUGAGAGUUUAGCAGGUAGAGGGAAUUGAGGUCUUGUGAUGUUCACAGCCCACUGAAUCAUUAGUCUGAACUGCAGAUGACAGGGCAUGCACAGUGAAAACAAAAGGUAGGUUGGAAAUCUUAAUACAGGAAGUAGAAAACUGCAUGAAGAAUCAAAAGCAGAUUUGUAAAUUGGAAACGUGCCAUUCUUGAAGGCUGACAUGUUUAGUUGAAACUAGUUUCAGGAUAUGAAGAUGUAUAAAUGAAUGAAUCUUUCUUUUGCAGCUAUCAUGAGAACAAAUCAUAUCUCAAAGUGCUGGCAAUCUCUGAAAUAAAAUUUAGUUACUUUGUGAAUAAGAAAAUAUAAUUGAUCUUAAAGGUA